AUGGCUGGCAUUGCCCGUGGGACGCGCAAGAUCGCGAGUCAGGUGCCCGAGGUGGAAGCUGUUGAAGUAGUGCAGCGCCCGACCGAAGAGGUGCCAGCAAAUGCCACCAAGGCCGAUAGUAACUUGCCCACCUGCUACUUCCUGGCCACUUCCGGUACCAAGACCUAUGAGGGAGAAUACCACUGGGUUAUUGAGUUGGAGAAAGGUUGGAGCCCCUGGAUGCCAGGGAACGAGCCCUUUGACGGCAGCACGGAUCAACCACUUCGUUAUACCCUUGGCAGGUAUGACUUCGAAGUGCACUUUGAAAAUGAAUCCGUUGGCAUCCAGACCAACUUGACCACUGGAAAGGUGCGUCGCAUCCAACGUUUGCAGAAGGGCGAAUCCGUCCCGGCCUGGGAGGGCACCGGCACGCGACGUCGCGUGGCCAAGAGCUCGCAGGGAGCAGCAGCAGGUGCCUCCCUGAACUCCGCUCCAAAGACCUCCGCGGCGCAAGCAGCGCAGGCGAACCGCGCCCAGCGCCGCCAGGGCGCCGGCGCGGCGGGAUACGUCCCGGGAGGACCUCAUGUGAAAGUGGCCGAAACGCAGCGUCCUGCGCUGUCGCAAGCAGCCGCGGCCUACAAGCCCGGCACCGCGCCCGCCGCCCCUGCAGCAGCUGGGGACAGGCAUGCCUUGCCUCGAUACAUGCGACCAUUGAAGGGAAAGGCCUGAUUUGCUCGGUGGAUCCCGGGUCCCGGGGAUGCUUGGAGCAGCAUGUCACGGGUGCCCGCAGUUCAGGCAGCAGACCCUGAGCAGUGGAGGCUUGAAACUUACCGUGGUUGCGCACUGAGACACUGACGACUUUGAAUCGUCAAUGCACUGGCACUUUUUUUUGGUUGGUUGAAAACUCCGAUACAAGUGUCGGAGGAAACCCAACCAGACUCUCGGUUUGUACCGAAGUGUAAAGAACCGGAGCACUUAGACAAGUACCGCCGGAGGGCACAACGCUUUCCCUGCUGUACUCUCAAGACCAGCAAACGAAGAUCAUAAAAA